CCCUGGGCCCCCCUGUCCUCCAGCCCGGUGCAGGUCACCUGCCCCUCCUGUCAGCAGGUGUUCAUCUCCCAGGUGGACUGUUCUGCCGGCCUGCUUACUUACCUCUUCUGUGGAGGCCUGUUCCUAUGCGGGUUUGUGCUGGGUUGCUGUCUCAUUCCCUUCUGUGUGGACCGCCUCCGCAAUGCCCAACACUCCUGCCCCUCCUGCAAGGCCCUGCUGGGAGUCCACAAGCGCUUAUAACCUGGACAGGCAUUAUAACUUCCCUGGACAGGCAUUAACAUACACACAGACGUAAUGUCUCCCUCCCUCCCCCCCUCACCAUACCUUGAUCAUAUGUUAAAUCUGUCUAGGUACCUGCAAAGUCUCUCUCUCUCAGAAGAACCACAUUAACCAGCAUGCUUUGCUGAAUGCAGCAAUUUUGUGUGAUAUCUAAUGAGUGACAUGUUCCUCUUAAUUUGAUGACAGCUACAUAAUAUAAGGAAGGUGGCGGUGACAUCACAGAAGGACAGUGUUGAUGUAAUACUUACAGGAAGUUCUAUAGUGUUUAACCCUUCAUUUACCUUUUACACUUUAUACGAUAUUAUGAAUAUAUUCUACAUACCAGAUUUCCAGGGCUUAAGGCUCCAGAAAAAGGAUUUCCAUGAAUACACAAAAAAUAAAAAAUAC